GUUGUCCGUAUGCAGAAUAAAAUUGGCACAUCAAACAUUACAAAUAGAGGUAAUAUAAUUCCAUUUUAACCAACUAUUAAGCCUUCUAUUAUAAGAUAAGGGUGUAGGUAGGCCGUCAAUGUAAAUAAUAAUUUGUUCUUAACUGACUUACAUAGUUAAAUAAAUACAUGUAGGGCUAUAGUUUGAAUAGCCUAUUCCCAUCUAUUUUUCAGAAUGUGUACGAUAAGCAUGCAAAUAUAUAGCUAUUGAAUAGUCAUAACACUGAUAAAUGUUGAUAAACUGUCAGCCAAAUAUCUCUGUAUAAACGCAAUUCCAGCGAUGACUGGCGGAGAUGCGCUCUUCCACAGCGGUAAUCAAUAGACGAAUGCAGGUACCCUGCCUCCUCGCAUACGCACUCUGUUGAUACAUCACCACGCAUUCUGACUCCACCGUGCAGUCUCUUAUUUCUAUCUCCAUCACAACUGCAUAUGAAGAAGAAUCACAAGGAUAACGGGUUUCUCCCUCAACAUCUGGAGCGCCACGUUUUACCACGCAGAGACAGACGCUCUGCCUCCGAGAAAGAGACGGGUGAGACUGAGGACGGAGCACUUGACACCUUGCUUCACCGCAUCGAUAUGCAGUAGUGUGAUACCAAUUCUGCGGAGACGUAGAGGCCAUUCCAUGGCAUCCUAAUAUUACAUUGAGGGAUUGCGCAUUCGUGAUCAAAGGCAGCCUCGUUAGUGGUGCCGAACGGAUUAAAUUGGCUAUAGGACGGGGGAAAUUAAUCAUAUCCAUAUUUGAUCAAUACCUACCGUGAGAUAUCGUUGGACCUGCAAUGGACUCCAACGUACGGGAAUAUGGAAUGGCUCGCUUGGGAAUCUUUAUGGUUUUGAUGGGGCUGUGGCGGGUUAGCGCUGCUUGCCCUGCGUUCUGCACUUGCAGCAUCUCAAGGAUUGCUUGUAUCGAUCCUGAACCAGGGAUCGAGGAUUUCCCUAUCCUUACGUUAGAUGACAUAGAAAUGGACAUCAACAUCACCGAUAUAUACAUUGCAAAUCAAAACAGACUAUUUGACAUCAAUGAUAACAGCUUGAAGUACUACUCUAAUCUCAGAAAUCUAACUGUGACAAAUACCAGAUUGACUUCUAUCUCAUCACAGGCCUUUUUCAACAAUACAAGACUUCAAUAUCUGAAUCUGAGAGACAAUAACUUGUCAACACUCUCUUGGAAAACAUUCCAAAACUUAAACAUGACAUCUUUUCCCCUCCUGUCUGGUAACCCUCUGAAGUGUGUAUGUGAGAACAUGUGGAUCAAACUGAGGCUGCAAGAGGACAUUGACAGUACAGAGAGUCAAGAGCUGAAAUGCAUAGAUGACAGAGCAGUGAGGAGGGCCAUCUCCAGAUUCACUCCCCCUGAUUGUGAGGCUCCCGCAGUGGAGGUCAGUCCCUCUAUCAUCAAAAUGACGGAGGGAAGUGAUGUCAGAGCAGUGUGCAGUGCAACAGGGUCUCCUGCCCCUGAUAUCUUGUGGAAUAUUGACAGUUUGUUUACCAUCACUAAGAUCAAUGCCUUGGAGCUGGAGAGCAAUCUGACACUGUUAGGUCUCUCGCCUUCGGACAACGGCAGAGUGAUCACUUGCAAUGUUGAGAACGUAGUCGGCCAAACCGAGGCUUACCUCCAACUCAACAUCCUCUUUCGCCCCACUAUCCUGGAGCUGCUGGAGCCAUUGCGCCUCCACCACUGGUGUAUCCCCUUCAGUGUGACCGGAAACCCCAAGCCUGAGCUACGGUGGUACCACAAGGACCAAGAGCUCCACGAACAGGAGUACAUCAAGACCGAGAUCCACGAGAGCACAGGGAGCGUUCACCACGGCUGCCUGAAGCUUGUCAACCCGACUCACAUCCACAACGGGCAGUAUACGCUGGUGGUCAGGAACGAGUACGGGGAGGAUCGUAAAGAAAUCGACGCCCACUUCCUGCUCCCGCCAGACCCAGACUACGAUACAGAACCGCCAUAUACCUACCCUUACACCACUGACUUACCACUACCCCCAAUAGAGGACAGUGUUGCAGUGUACAUAGUGGUGGGGAUCGCUGGCGUGGCAUUAAUUGGAUGUGUCCUGAUGGUGAUCAUUCUGAAAUACGGAAGAAACUCAAAGUUUGGGAUGAAGGGCUCCUCCUCGGUCAUCAGUAACGACGAUGACUCCGCCAGUCCUCUUCAUCACGUCUCCAAUGGCAACAACACCCCGUCGUCCUCAGAGAUGGGCCACGAUGCGGUGAUCAUUGGAAUGACAAAGAUCCCUGUCAUCGAGAACCCACAGUAUUUCCGCCAAUCUGGCAGCAUGCUGAAAUCGGACACGUUUGUCCAGCACAUCAAGAGACACAACAUUGUGCUGAAGCGUGAGCUAGGAGAGGGGGCCUUUGGGAAGGUGUUCCUGGCUGAGUGCUACAACCUGAUCCCAGAUCAGGACAAGAUCCUGGUGGCUGUCAAGACGUUGAAAGAGGCCAGCGAGAGCGGCCGAGCCGACUUCCACCGGGAGGCGGAGCUACUGACCAACCUGCAGCAUGAGCACAUCGUUACCUUCUAUGGCGUGUGUGUGGAGAGUGACCCGCUCAUCAUGGUGUUCGAGUACAUGAAGCACGGCGACCUCAACAAGUUCCUCAGGUCCCACGGUCCUGAUGCAGUGCUGAUGGCUGAUGGGCAGCACAGCCUGAUGGUGGAGCUGACCCAGUCCCAGAUGCUGCAUAUCGCCCAGCAGAUCGCUGCAGGCAUGGUCUACCUAGCCUCCCAGCACUUUGUCCACAGAGACCUGGCCACACGCAACUGUCUGGUGGGAGAGAACCUGCUGGUCAAGAUUGGGGACUUUGGCAUGUCCAGGGAUGUGUAUAGUACCGACUACUACAGAGUGGGGGGUCACACCAUGCUGCCCAUCCGCUGGAUGCCUCCAGAGAGCAUCAUGUACCGGAGGUUCACCACGGAGAGUGAUGUCUGGAGUCUCGGCGUGGUCCUCUGGGAGAUCUUCACCUAUGGGAAGCAGCCCUGGUACCAGCUCUCCAACAAUGAGGUGAUCGAGUGUAUCACCCAGGGGCGCGUGCUGCAGCGGCCGCGUUCCUGUCCAAAGGAGGUGUACGACCUGAUGCUGGGAUGCUGGCAGAGAGAAUCCUACAUGAGACUUAACAUCAAGGAGAUCCACAGCCUGCUCCAGAGCCUGGCCAAGGCCUCGCCUGUCUACCUGGAUAUACUGGGCUGAGUGAGUCUGGGCUGGUGUUUGGGUGGGGGUGAGGGGGAGUUGUGUGUGUGUGUGUGUGUGUGUGUGUGAGAGUGAGAGAGCAUAUGUGUUUGCGUGUGUGAGAG